AUGAUAAAGGACGACCAAGUGAUGGACAGAGAAGAUGAAAGUGUUGAGCAGGAAGAGAUGACUGAAAGGCCAAAAUGGGACAAUAAAGUUCAAUAUUUAUUAACCUGCAUAGGUUUUGCUGUGGGACUCGGUAAUGUGUGGAGAUUUCCAUAUCUCUGUCAAAUCUAUGGAGGAGGGGCGUUUCUGAUUCCUUAUGUCAUUGCCUUGGUGUUUGAGGGACUUCCUCUGUUGCACAUGGAGCUGGCCAUCGGACAACGUCUCCGCAUGGGAAGUGUUGGAGUGUGGAACUCAAUCUCCCCAUAUCUGGGAGGCUUAGGUGUGGCUUCCUUACUAGUAUCCUUCCUAGUUGGUCUGUUCUACAACAUGAUCUUGGCCUGGAUCCUCUGGUACUUCUUCCACUCCUUUCAAAGUCCACUUCCCUGGAGGGACUGCCCAUUAAACAUUAAUCACACUGGCUAUGUAACUGAAUGUGAAAAGAGCUCAGCAGUGAACUAUUUUUGGUAUCGUGAAACACUGAACAUAACACCAGACAUCCAGACCAGUGGGUCCUUACAGUGGUGGCUCGUGCUGUGUCUGGCAUCUGCUUGGUGCCUCGUGUACAUCUGCUUCAUACGCGGAAUUGAGACUAUUGGAAAGGCUAUUUAUAUCACAGCCACUUUUCCAUAUCUUGUUCUGACCAUCUUCUUGGUCAGAGCCUUGACUCUGUCUGGGGCAAGUGAUGGCUUAAUUUAUCUCUUCACUCCAAAUUGGGAAACCCUCAAGAAUCCUAAGGUCUGGUUGGAUGCUGCUACUCAGAUUUUUUUCUCUUUGUCUUUGGCCUUCGGGGGACUUAUUGCUUUUUCUAGUUAUAAUCCUCAGAAGAAUAAUUGCGAGAGAGAUGCCCUAAUUGUUGGAUGUGUGAACAGUUUGACGUCGAUAUUUGCGUCAAUUCCUAUUUUUGCCAUUCUUGGAUUUAAAGCAAACGAAAACUAUAAUACCUGCCGAAACUGGAACAUAUUAACACUGACAAAUACAUUUAACAUUGGGGAUGAAAACAUAACUCUUGAAAACUAUGAUGACUGGUUAAACUAUCUGAAUACAACCGAUCCCUCAGAGGUUGAAAGCCUCAGCCUCAAAACCUGCAAUCUACAGACUUUCCUAGACCAGAGCGCCUCCGGAACUGGACUUGCCUUCAUUGUGUUCACUGAAGCGGUGAUAAAAAUGCCAGGCUCUCAGGUGUGGGCCGUGCUGUUCUUUGUGAUGCUCUUCAGCCUGGGCCUGUCCUCCAUGUUUGGGAAUCUAGAGGGGGUCCUUACUCCUCUGCUGGACCUGCACAUGGUUCCAUCCUGGAUUCCAAAGGAGAUUUUCACAGGGUUAAUAUGUCUCACCUCCUUUGCUGUGGCUCUCAUCUUUACUUUGGGAUCGGGAAACUACUGGCUAGAGAUUUUCAACAGCUACGUGGGAUCCAUGCCUCUGCUCAUCAUAGCAUUCUUUGAGAUCAUCGCUGUGGUAUACGUCUAUGGAAUAAAUAGGUUUAAUGAGGACAUUGAAUGGAUGACAGGCCGGAGGCCAAACAUCUACUGGCAGGCUACCUGGCGCUUCAUCAGCCCUUUCAUGCUACUGGUGGUUUUUGUUGCAUAUGUUGUGAUUGAGGCUGAGAAACGACCGACAUAUAAUGCCUGGAAUCCAGACUCUGUGAACUUCCCCCUUGCUGAGGUUCUGCACUAUCCUGAAUGGGUUUUUGCUAUCUGUGUGCUCUUAUCCGUCCUUCCUGUUAUAUCCAUUCCUCUUGUGGCUCUCUACAGAUUCAUUGGUUUCCUGAAGAAGUACAUCAUGAACAGGCACAAUCAAAACCCAUAUGCAAAUGAAUUCUGUAACGGAGAACUGUAA